UAAUGAAAAGGUUCCUUCUCCCCUUUCCCGCCCAAUUUCGCCAACGUUCGAACGUUUUCAUCUUUCUCAAUCCUAUUGCAAAUUCCAGCGCUUUCUCAUACUCCCCUCUCGCGCUCUCUUUUUUUUUUUCUAGACAAAACGCUGCCGUUCAAUCCUCCUGACGACGUUGUUUAAUCCUCCUAACGCUGCCAUGCCUAGAAAGCGAAAGUCCACGCCCUCCGCGGCCGCGUCUGCCAAGAAGCCGAAGCUGUCGGUGCAGGAACCAGAGCCGGAGAUAGAAACUCACAUUGACGACGGAGAUGUCGACGCGAGUUCCCAAAGUUCGGACUCGGUUGUUGAUGUUAAGAAACACCGGGCGAGUUUGAAAAAUGCGGCCGGUUCUGGAAAGAAAUUAACGGUUCGGGGAGAAAAGAGAAGUGACGAUGAAGAGGAGCCUGAAGCUCGUUUUAUUGGAGAUCCGGUUCCGGAUAAAGAGGCCAGGCAACGGUGGCCGAAGCGCUACGAAGAAAAGAAGGGAAAGCAAAAAUCUGUUUCAAAGAAUUCAAAGGAGGAUGAUGAUUCUGAAGAAUUUAUUCAAGCAAGAUGUCAUUACACGCAAGCAGAGGUUGAUGGAUGCGUUUUCUAUAAUCUUUAUGAUGAUGCUCAUGUAAAAGUGAGUUCAUUUAUCCAUGUAUAAUUUUAUAUGCAUUUUCCCAGGACGAGGUUGGGGU